GCCACGACGCUGGUGAAUGGUGCAAAUCGUGCGCGCUGGCUAGCUGUUGAAUUUUUUUCCUGGAAUCUGCGUUGCUGAAUGAGCAAAUAGCUAGCUGCCAGUGUUUGUUUUGGUUGUCUUGGUUGCCGAUUAGCUAAAAGAAAGAUGUCUGCCACGGAGGACGACACUGAGUUGCGGGAUCUUUUGAUCCAAAACCUAGAAAACAGUGGGGUCUUGAACAAACUAAAGGCACAAAUGCGCGCCGCUGUCUUUCUGGCUAUGGAUGAACAGGAUAAAGUGGAGAAUAAAACUCCACUUGUCAAUGAAAACCUGAAGAAAUGUCUUGAUACAAAGGAUGGACGCCUGGUGGCCAGCCUCAUCAUAGACUUUCUACAGGUCUUUCACCUGGACUUCACGCUUGCUGUCUUCCAGCCAGAGAUAAACUCACUAAAUGGCCUAGACAGCCGUGAGCAGGUCUCUUGUGAGCUGGAUAUCACUGAGACUGAUAUGAACAGGAACACUCCUCUCCUGCUGGAGCUCGUCAAGAGGGGCAGACACAAGGAGAAGGCCUCCGUCUUCUCCGAGGGGGACAAAGCCACAAACAUCCCCAAGGAACUAUCCCCCAGGCAAAUAGCAGAUGCCCGGAAGAAGUUUGAUUUUUAUGACAAGGCCAGAACUGGUGGGAUACUCAAAGAGGAUUUGAAAGUUGUGUUUGGAGAUGUUUUUCCCAACUUCAACAAGAACAUGCUGGAGAAGUUUGUCACUGAUGAACAUAGAGUUGGAGACAAGGCCUCCAGUAAAUCUAUAGACUUCCAGGAGUUUCUGGGCUUGUACAAGUGCUUCUUCAGUCAGUGUCGAAGUGUGGUCACCCAUGACACCUGUGAUGUAAUUCACAAUCCCAGUCAAUUUAUUGAGGAGAAGAAAAGCACUUCACCGCCUAGUAAGAUCCCCAGGUUUAAAGGACAUAGGCACAGUGCACAGGCGGAGAAGGCUGACACCAAGGGCGUGGAGGUCAGCCACAGUGACACCAGCCUGCGCUUUGGCUCUCUAAAGGGCAAAGGGCUGGGUCACGUGACGCCAAGGCACAGCGAGGUGUCCGGGGACAACGACAACGGCCCCACGGCGAGCCUGAAGAAGGGGCUGGACCUGGAGGUGGAAGAGGACCUAGAUGAGGACGACUCGUUCUUUGACGACCCUCUGCCUAAACCACAGAAAACCUACGGCUGCCUGUCUGCUCUGAGUAGUGACACAGAGGGCGAUGGGGACGAGCUCUUUUCUGACUAUGAUAAUAAACGGAGCUGCUUGGAGCACAGGAGAGCAGCAGAUUCGGACCCACCCCCCCAGAGGAGUGCUGCAGGUGGGGGGUUCCACUCAGGAGAAGCCCAUCACAGAGACCUCUCAGGCAGCAAGAACGGUACUUCUUCUAACCCCAGAGACAAAGGAUUCAAAGACUUGAAAAUUAUAAAUUAUAAAACCGGAUCUUCCGUGCAGGAUGACGACUACGGCGAUGACUUUAACAGCAGCCAUCGAUCAGAUAUCUCUAAGAGUGAGGUGAGCAUCGGAGAAGAGAUCGAGGAGGUUUCCAUCGAGGGACCCGACAACAGCGAUAAGUUUGAUGAGAUCACUCAGGACCUGAGCGUAUCUCAGCUCAGCCAGAGUCAAGGAGCUGACUACAUGGAGGAGGUGGCAUGACAAUCCCAUCAGCCUUACACCACAAAGGCCAUUUCUACUACGUUAGCUAUUAUUUAUGUUAUGUGUGCACAAAAUUUGUGUACAUUUAGUGUUCAUGGAUCUAAUAAAAUUACCACUGUCACCAAGA